AUGGAGGAAGACGGCCAGCCGCCCUCCAUCGUGGAGGAGCAGCAGCGCAACAUGCAGGUUGACAAUGCCAUUCGCGCCAUUCGAGAGAAGAAGCCCGUCCCCGAAAUCGACUUCACCAUCCACUCCAUGGAAGAUGGCAGUCAGGUCAACACACAGGAGCGAGUCUGCAAAGAUGUACAGGCACCCGCAACCUUUACCCCUAGCGACGAGCAAUUCUUUGAAGAUGAAACCCACACAAAGCCCAACAUCACUUUCCUCAAGCAACACUUCUACCGCGAAGGUCGCCUGACCGAGGAGCAGGCGCUGUGGAUCAUCAAGAAGGGUACCGAGCUACUUCGCGAGGAACCCAACCUGCUGGAGAUGGAUGCCCCCAUCACCGUCUGUGGUGACGUUCACGGCCAGUACUAUGAUCUCAUGAAGCUGUUCGAAGUUGGUGGCGACCCGGCAGAGACAAGGUAUCUCUUCCUGGGCGACUACGUCGACCGUGGUUAUUUCAGUAUCGAGUGUGUCCUGUACUUGUGGUGCCUCAAGAUUCACUACCCAAAGACGCUCUGGUUGCUGCGAGGUAACCACGAAUGCCGGCAUUUGACCGACUACUUCACGUUCAAGCUCGAAUGCAAGCACAAGUACUCAGAGAACGUGUACGAGGCCUGCAUGGAAUCCUUCUGCUGCCUGCCUCUGGCUGCUGUCAUGAACAAGCAGUUCUUGUGUAUCCACGGAGGAUUGAGUCCCGAGCUGCACACACUCGACGAUAUUAGAAACAUUGACCGCUUCCGCGAGCCCCCUACACAGGGGCUAAUGUGCGAUAUCCUCUGGGCUGAUCCCCUCGAGGACUUUGGCCAGGAGAAGUCGAGCGAGUUCUUCAUGCACAACCACGUACGAGGAUGCUCCUACUUCUUCUCCUACCCUGCAGCAUGUGCCUUUUUGGAAAAGAACAACCUUUUAUCGGUCAUUCGGGCGCACGAGGCACAGGAUGCCGGAUACCGAAUGUAUCGUAAGACGCGCACUACUGGUUUCCCAAGCGUCAUGACCAUCUUCUCCGCACCCAACUAUCUGGAUGUCUAUAACAACAAGGCAGCCGUGUUGAAGUACGAGAACAAUGUUAUGAACAUUCGCCAGUUUAACUGCACGCCUCACCCGUACUGGCUACCAAACUUCAUGGAUGUCUUUACUUGGUCCUUGCCCUUUGUCGGAGAGAAGAUCACAGACAUGUUGAUCGCUAUCCUGCACACUUGCUCGGAAGAGGAACUCAAGGAGGAGACGCCACUCACCAACUCGCCGGGACCUGCGUCGCCGCCACUGAAUGAUCCACUGAACGACCCAGAGUCCAUCGAGUACAAGAGACGGGCGAUCAAGAACAAAAUUCUUGCCAUUGGCAGACUGUCGCGUGUAUUCCAGGUGCUCCGUGAGGAGUCGGAGAAGGUUACAGAACUCAAGACUGUGUCUGGCGGAAGGUUGCCUGCCGGAACCCUUAUGCUGGGUGCCGAGGGAAUUAAGAACGCAAUUAGCAGUUUCGAGGAUGCCAGAAAAGUUGAUCUGCAAAACGAACGACUUCCGCCAACACAUGAGGAGGUCCAAAAGGCUGCAACCGAACAACACGAAGCUGCCAUGGAGAGGGCUAAGCGUGAAGCUGAUAACGACAAGAAGCUGCAGUCACUCUCGCGGAGACUAAGCACGUAA